GUGAAGCAGCAGCUCAGAUCGCAGCAGCAAACUGAAGUGAGUCGGGUCAGAGAGCUCGAGGAGGAGCUGCAGCAGGAGAUCAGCGAGCUGCAGAGGAGAGACGCUGAGCUGGAGCAGCUCUCACACACAGACGAUCACACCCAGUUUCUACACAGCUACACCUCACUGUCAGCACUCAGCGAGUCCACACAGUCAUCCAGCAUCAACAUCCGUCCUCUGAGGUACUUUGAGGACGUGACAGCAGCUGUGUCAGAAGCCAGAGAUAAACUACAGGACGUUCUGAAGGAGACAUGGACAAAUGUCUCACUGGCAGUGACUGAAGUAGAUGUUUUACUGUCUCAACCAGAGCCCAAGACCAGAGAUGGAUUCUUAAAACAUUCAUGUGAAAUCACAUUUGAUCCAAACACAGUAAAUAAAAAUCUGUUAUUAUCUGAGGGGAACAAAAAAGUUACAAUGGCUCAAGAGUCACAUCAGUUUUCAGAGUUUUAUGAGUCUUGUCAGUCUUAUGAGUAUCAGCAGUCUUAUCCUGGUCACCCGGACAGAUUCACUGGCGUCUUGCAGGUCCUGAGCAGAGAGAGUCUGACUGGACGUUGUUACUGGGAGGUGGAGUGGAGCGGGAGAGGUGUCAUUGUGGCAGUCGCAUACAAGGACAUUAGUAGAGCUGGGAACUCAAAUGAAUAUACAUUUGGACGCAAUGACAAAUCUUGGGCAUUAUGGUAUUACAAUAACAGAUACACAUUAUGGUACAACAAUGUCCAAACUUCCAUCUCAGGUCCUCGGUCCUCCAGAUUAGGAGUGUACCUGGAUCACAGAGCAGGUAUUCUGUCCUUCUACAGCGUCUCUGAAACCAUGACUCUCCUCCACAGAGUCCAGACCACAUUCACUCAGCCUCUCUACGCUGGACUUAUGUGGCAUACUUAUGGACAAACUACUGACUUCUGUAAACUCACAAAGAUGCAAAUUAUUUGAAGGGACAUAGCAUCCCAAAAUCAACAAUACAUGUUUUCCUCUUACCUGUAGUGC